AUGAGGUUGUGCUUUGGAGUGCCAUUAUGCGGACUGCUUUCAGCCAUGCAGAUGGCAAAAUGCAUACAUCUGACACACAAAGAGAUGCUGGCGUGCCAGAACAAGGAGGUGGGCCACGUGGGCGGAGAGCCCGUGUAUGUGAACACGUGCUGGGGCGGGCACCCGGUGUGCAUAGCGCAGAUUUGCCGGCUGGGGCAUGUGUACAAAAUGCGAGCGUACUCGUGCAAGGUGAACACAAGCUUCAGUCUGGUGCCGAACAGGUACUUAGGCAAGCAUACAUAUACGAGAGAGCCGGAGAAGGACUGGCUGCAUUCGGGAAUGGAUGCUCGCAAGGGUAGAUACAGCGUGAAGUUCCACAGGGCGCUGCUGCAGAUGUUUGGGCUGCGGAGAUCCAGCGGGUCGGAGUACGACUGCCUGACGGUUGGGUGCGCGCGCGCAGGCUCUUUUAUUCAGUUCCUCCGGGAGGGCUGCAAGACGCAAACAGAGGCGCACUAUGUGCUGGCAGCGCUGCUGCUCCUGUGCGAGGGCGUCGACGUGCCGAUUGAGACAGCUGGGAACAGAGUGAUUAUAAAAAAAAGAAAAUGCAGCAAUGGCAUACUGGUUGAUGCCCGCAUGGGAGGGGCAGCUUUAGGCAGCAGAAAAUGGCAGGGUUCCGAGGCUUGGCAGGUGAUAAACUUCUUCAAGCAGUACAGAGGCACACACAGGCUGCCGCACACAUAUAAAGAGUUUAAAAUGGGCGAUUUUCUGAGGAGCCCGCAGCUUCUGAUUCUCACGUACAUAGGCGAGUACGUGAAAAGCGCAGAGGAGCUUAUGUCUGUGAUGGGGUGUGCGUUCAAGCUUGUGAAAGGCAUGGGGCUGGCUGAAAGCUUAAAAAACCCAGGAAGCGUGGUCGGGCGGCUGUUUGUGCCUGCGAGCCGGCUGCCCGAGGCCCAGGCGUAUCUCGCGCCGUUUCUAGAGACGUUUCCUGCUUUAGCGGCCUUGGAGCAUUUGGAAGAGUUUAAGCACUUUCAAAACGAAGCAGAGGCACCGAAUAAAGCAAAAGAUGCCUCAGACGGGGAGGAGGAAUACUUUGACGCCCGCGGCACGAACUGCAGGUUUAUUGGAGAGUGCUUUCUCUUGCCGUUUCUUGCGUUUGACUCCGAAAACCACGCGUACAGCCUGGAGGGCCUUCUGAGCGGGGCCGAGAACACGGAGGAGGUGGAGAAAACCAGGGCGUUUUUUGGUGAGCUGCAGGCGUGCAUUGAAAAAAAGUGCUCUUCUUUGGGGUUUCCCAAUGACACACAACAGCAGAGGUACAGGGACCUGUGGCUCAAGAUGAACACGCAGUUUAAGGAGGCGCUGGGGAAUGCCGCGCCGACAUUCCUAAACAAGAUGCGCGUGCUUGCGCAGAUGGCUGGGCGGCCGCAGGCCGUGGUGGACGAGCUGGCGGCACAUCAGGCGGCCAUGGAUGCGAAAAGAAGUACAGAGCUGACCCCCAAGGCGAUCGAGAGCGUUCAGGCGCUGCUGCGCUCGAUAGCAGUGGAUAAGCGCAUGGAGGUGACCAUUAAGAAGCAAUUGGAUGGGUCAGAGCCCAAAGGCUAUCUUUUUAUAGUAAAGCAUGUGAAAAUAGGCGCGCGUAUCAAGCAAAUUCUGAAUCUGUCGUUCCGUAAAACAAGCUCCUCGAAGAUAUCUAUUUUGCUGCCAUGGUUUAGCGCUUCUGAAAGCUUGCAGAAUGAGCUGGGCGUGGCGCCCGCAGAAUACAGGCAGCAUAAGCGGUUUUCGAGCUUUGUGCUUGCGGAGUGCAUGCACCAGAUGGCGAUAGGGGCAGCCGCGCAGAGCUUUUCAUACACAACAACUAAAGAGCUGCAGAAGGCCGCGAAAAAGGCUGUAAAGCACAGCGCGCGCAGGCCGAAUAAGGUGCUUUUGGCGUUUCCGGUUGCGGGCAAGGACAUCAGAAAAGAGCUUGUCUCUGCGCUUGUGCUGUAUACCGAGCAGAAGAAGAUUGCGCCGACUCCAAAACAUCCAAUAAGCCGGCUGGUUGCAAACGUGAUAGGGAGCAUCGACCUUGGCGCCAUGGCAGCGCAGUAUAGGGUCUUGGGAGUGCCUGUGGCCACCGGGACUCUGCAUAAUUUGUGUCCAAGGGUGCAGCUGUCUGACAAGCUGCAUCGGGAGAUUUGGUGUUCGCAGAAAUUUGCCAAAUAUGACGGGCUGUAUCCUGCCAAAAAGGCGAAAGUGCUUAGAUACAAAAGCAUGAUGCGGUAUUUCCGGGAAUACGCUGUGAAGGCAGGUGAGCCGCUGUACAUGUGCGAGAUGCUGAAAGAUGCUGCUGAAUACAAAAGUAAUUGCACGUGUCCAUCUGCGGCCGAUCCGUGGAAAACGCUGAAAGAUAUCUGCGUGCUUUUGCGGGCAGAUCACACGGGGGAGGAUUUGCAGAGGGCCGAGGAACUGAUUGCGCGGCUGCAGCAUCUCUGGAAUAACCGCUUCCAGUAUAUGAAGAGGGUGCCGAAAAUACAGUGUAAGACUUCCGCCAGAAGUGUGUUGAGCCAGAAAUGA